AUGUCCAAGCCCCGACCCUCAGCGGCAUAUUCCCAUUCUGAAGUCCUGUACACAACACAGCCAUUCUUGGUGUUACCUGAUCUUAGAGUCCUUCCCGAAGAAGAUGUUGAAUUUCUCGAACUCAACCGGUGCUUUCACCUGCCUGUACGAACCGUUCAAGAGGAGUUCAUCAACCAGUAUUUCCUGUACCUACAUCCCUACUAUCCUUUAGUAGACGAGAAGGAAUUCUGGGACAUGUACAUGGGGGAAGAGACGGACGGUGGAAGAGGGAAACCAAUGUCCUUGCUCGUUUUCCAAGCGAUGCUUUUCGCAGCAUCAGCGUUCGUAUCGCCCGUAGUACUCAAGAAUGCUGGAUACACAAACGUGAAGGUGGCACGGAAUAUCUUCUAUAGAAGAGCCAAGCUGUUAUUUGACCUUGGGGUGGAGAGUGAUGCAUUCACUAAAUCCCAGGCAGCUUUACUCUUGACGUUCCAAUUCUCGGCCCUUGAACCACACGCAGGAAGCACCUGGCUAGCUAUCGCUAUUCAAAACGCCAUCGUUGCCCAAGCCCACACUUUCCAAGCUCCCGGUUCGAGUAUAUCGCGCAAGAAGAGGAACAAGAGGCUUUGGUGGUCUCUGUUCUGGAGAGACAGAGUCUUAACACUCGGUCUUCGAAAACCUCUGCAGAUAACACCUUCAAGCUUUAAUGUCACUCUAGAUCUGAUCAUUCCCGAGGAUCUUGCUGAUGAAGCAGAGAGCUCUGCCGUGUAUGACCCUAGAACGAAGCGUCAGCUAGCAGACAUCAUAAAUUUCCAAUGUCGUCUGGCAGUUAUUCUGACAGAGACUCUUUCGAUUUGCUACGGCCCGAACGCAUUCGACAUUACAUAUUCGCUUGAUAAUUUUGAGAAAACACUGUCUCAAAUCAGGGCCGCGAAAUGUAACCUCACGCGUUGGAAGAAAGAAGCCGACAAAGCGCUGCAUCCAUUCCUCAAGGGCACGGGAUCGCACCGAUCAACCACUUUGAUAUCAAGCGUAGUGUACAUAUAUGCCUAUGCUGCCCAAAUUGCUCUUGGGAAUCAUGAAGCUAUGAUGAUUGAGCAGCGACAGAAAGGAGUCAACAUCAUUGACGACACUGUACUCCGGAAUAUUGGAAAGGACAUAAGUUAUGCGACGACAGAAACGACCAACAUUGCUUACAUUGCAUAUCCGCUUAUGCUGAGCUCCAUAGAUGAGAGAAUAGCACCGAAAGACCUCGAAAGUGACGAAGAUCAACUGUUAACGAGAUAUCACGCGCAAGCAAUGCAUCUGUGUAGUAAGCGUUUUGAAGGUGCCGAAGAUAUCAGUAGAAUGAUCACCCAGAUCGUUCAAUCAACGCCCAUUCAGCUACCGCUGCGCCCGCACUCGAAACCACCAGGACGUAGGCAGUCCUCAGGAGCAGAAGGUGCAUUGUCAGCACCUUCGAAGAGUCUCACAAAGUACUGGGAUGAACUGUUCAUCACACGCCAAUACAUGCGCCUUCGACUUUCUCUCGACUACGCUCUGAUCACUGGUAAGCCACCAACAGAACUGGACCUAUCGAUGUUUAUCCUUCAGGACGCGGGGAUGAAGAGGCUGGCCUACGGACCGAUACAUAACUUGUCUGCGACAACUCUGUACACGCCUCGAAAGCGUCGCGCAUCUGAAAGUGUUGCUGGUCUGCCGAGGGUUAUUGAGCUGGAUGAGAAGCUAUCCGACGAUGAAGGGCAAGUGGAGCAUAUUGAGUUAUCAGAUGACAUGACCGCACUUAACACUCAAAUUGUUCAGAGGGAGGCGGUAUCUGCUCGGCCACAUUUUGACUAUGAUGCAAUAUGGGCGGCGAAUUUGUUUGAGGAGAUUACGGAUGUACUCUGGGCUUGA